AUCAUUUUUAAUACCUACUUAUAAUUUUUUUAAAAAUAUAUAUUAAAUCGACCCAUUAAAAUAGUCUCUCAAAAAACAUCUCUCGCUAUUGUUUUCUCUUUUAAUUAUAGUCUGUUUGUAUAGUCAUGGGAAUUGGGAAGUACACUCCAUACACUCCAAGUGUUCGAGGAAUUGCUUAACAGAACUUUCUAGCUAACUAUUUUCUGUGCUUAUACACUGAACAUCUUAAAGCAAUUUCAUACUUUGUUGAACACUAAAAGCCAGCAGAAAAUUGCUACUACACCUUAAUGGAGAGUUUAUCAUCUGUAUUGGCUACAAAGUCAUGUUAUUUUGGUCAUGUAAAUUUCAAUUCCCACACCACUCGAAAGAAGUAUUCAGCUAGUCUUCUUCCUUGUCUUUCUUCACCCUUUUCUGUGCCAUUUCGAGGAUUGCCCACUUUCAAAAGAAGUCCAAUAAGAGUAACUGUGGCUGCUGCUGCUGCAACUGAAGUAAUAGCUACAGAUAAUCCAGCUUCAAGUGCAUCUACUCCUAAAAAGGUUUUAGUUCCUAUUGGUUAUGGAACAGAAGAAAUGGAAGCUGUAAUAUUGGUGCGUGUUCUGCGCCAAGCUGGCGCUUAUGUAACUAUUGCUUCUGUUGAACUACAGCUUGAAGUGGAGGCUUCUGGUGGUGUGAAGCUUGUUGCUGAUACCUUAAUCAACUCUUGCACUGAUGAGAUAUUUGAUCUUAUAGCCUUUCCGGGAGGCAUGCCUGGUUCUGCUCGGCUGAGAGACAGUGAAAUCCUUCGCAAUAUUGCUAGCAAACAUGCGGAGGAGAAAAGGUUAUAUGGUGCUAUAUGUGCUGCUCCUGCUGUUACACUCCGGCCAUGGGGACUAUUAAGGAGAAAGAAGAUCACUGGUCACCCUGCUUUCAUGGACAAACUUUCCACAUUUUGGGCUGUCAAAUCCAACAUCCAAGUUUGUGGAGAGCUGACAACAAGUCGUGGCCCAGGAACUACUUUUGAAUUUGCUCUGUCACUGGUUGAGCAAUUGUUUGGGGAGUCUGCUGCCGAGAAUGUCAAAGAUAUGCUGCUACUGAGUGAAGAUCAGGCCAAAAAAGAGCUCAAUGAAGUGGAUUGGUCACUGGAUCACUCUCCUCAUGUGCUCAUUCCUGUGGCGAAUGGAUGUGAUGAGGUAGAGGUUGUUACGAUAGUUGACAUCCUUAGAAGAGCGAAAGUUAAUGCCGUAGUUGCAUCAGUUGAGAAGUCCCAGAAAAUUUUAGCAUCUCAUGGAACAAAAAUUAUUACAGACAAGUUGAUUGAUGUAGCUGCCGAGUCCAUUUAUGAUUUGAUUAUUCUUCCGGGUGGCUUCAAUGGAGCUAAGCGGCUAAGUAAGUCGAAGGCUCUUAAGAAGCUACUUAAAGAACAUGAAUCUGGUAAUAGAAUUUAUGGAGCAAUAUCUUCCUCUCUGGGCGUCCUGCAGAAACAAGGGUUACUCAAGGGCAAGAUAAUAACUGCUCACCCCUCUAUAUCGGACAAGCUAAAAAAUGACGUGGUUGAUGAUGCCAAAGUAGUGAUUGAUGGGAAGGUUAUUACGUCUAAGGGACUCGCUACUACAACCGACUUUGCCCUUGCUAUUGUGAGCAAGCUUUUCGGACAUGCUCGUGCAAGAAGUGUCGCAGAAGGUCUUGUUUUCGAAUACCCAAGAAACUAAUUGCAAAGAUUGACGCUCAGCAAUGUUUAAUGACAAGAAUGAAUUCUUUGAUCCCUCCGCUGUCUGAGUUUAGCGGUCGAUACAUCACGCUCAACUCAUCGAAAACAAAGUUAAUAUCAAAUUAUUCUUGAAUAAUCGUGUGGGUAAGACUUUCUGAUGAUUUAUCGUCUGAUUCCUUAGUUUAGAUUUUCGGUCAUACACUAUCUACCGUUCCUUGAAUCUUUUCAGAGGUUUGGCUGCAUAAAGCCUUGGAGGACUCGUAAUAGACUCGACAAUAUUCAGUUGAUGACCUGCGUUCAACAUGGUUUUUCCUGAAUCGAUCAUCUCCGAAAUGUCAGACUGCUGUUAACUCAUCAAACUACUGCUGGCCGCUGUUUAUUUUUGCUGCAAGUGAUGGAACAUUCGAUAAAUUAUAAUAAUGUUCAUCAUUGUGUUUCUGGAAAGAAUGCUGCUAAGAAAGUAGUCGCCACUCGUCACUGGGUUUGUACAUACAAUACUGCUAAGAAAAAUGGCUUAUGCAACCCUAGAGUUGUUUUCCUCUAACAAUCAAAAAUAGUACAUUCAUUUGUAAAAAAUGACAACAAACUUUUGGUACACAAGCAUUUUUUUAAAUCAA